GCUGCAAAAAAUUCCCUUCCUUACCCAUCCCAUCACGUUUCGUCACUCCCCUUCUCUUCCCUUCUCCAUCGUUGGCUGCUUCCUCCGGACCCCAGUUCAAAAAUUCCUCCAUUGGCGCCCAAACCCCAAACCCUAGCCGGCCGGACGGGCUCGCCAGUCGCCGUCACACGCGGGGCCGCGCGCGGAACAUGCGGGAUCUCGGCCCAUGGCGACCGGGCCCGAUCUGAGCGCCUCCUCCAGCGCCGCCCCCGACGCUGCGACGGCGGCGGCGGCCAAGAAGGACCGCCACAUCGUCAGUUGGAGCGAUGAGGAGGAUGGCGUGCUCCGUGCUCAAAUCGCCAUUCAUGGCACCGAUAACUGGACCAUUAUAGCAGCACAAUUCAAGGACAAAACGGCCAGACAGUGCAGGCGAAGAUGGUACAAUUAUUUGAAUUCAGAGUGCAAGAAAGGUGGGUGGUCCCGGGAAGAGGACAUGCUAUUGUGUGAGGCUCAAAAGGUUCUUGGCAACAGGUGGACUGAAAUUGCUAAGGUUGUCUCAGGAAGAACUGAUAAUGCAGUGAAGAAUCGGUUUUCUACUCUAUGCAAAAGGAGAGUCAAGGAUGAGGAGCUAUUCCAAGAAAAUGGUGCGCCAUGUUCCAAUGCAAAUGCAAAGAGGAUACUGACACAAACCGGAUGCCUCACACCUGGUGUGCCAGGCUCCUUGCUUCCUAUUAAGCAGACGAGGUUUUGCAACUCUGACUCGAAAGAUAACACUGUACCAAAUAUGAGGUUAUUUGGACCAGAAAAGGGCACACAAGAUGCUCGUCAACCUCUUGCAAUUAUUUCUUCAAACAAUCAAGAUAAUGUGAAAAUAGUGGAACCCCAUAAUCUUGUUGCUAAAACAGCGACAAAACAAUUAUUUGGCGUGAAACACGAGGGUAAUUUUCUGAACAAGGAUGAUCCAAAAGUUGCUACAUUAUUGCAGCAAGCUGACUUGCUUUCAUCCCUUGCGACAAAAAUUAAAACUGAGAAUACAAGCCAAAGUAUGGAUGAAGCUUGGCAGCAACUGCAGCAUCAUUUAGUCAAAAAAGAUGACAGCGAAAUGUCAGAAAGUAGCAUGUCUGGAAUAGCUUCACUCCUAGAGGAUCUUGAUGAUUUAAUUGUGGACCCCUAUGAGAAUGAAGAGGAAGAUGGGCAGAAGCUAAGGGAACAGAAUGGACAAAUUGAUGGGCAUGAUGAGCACUGUAAUGGUCCUUCACAAACUAGCAUGGAAUUAAGAUCUCAUAUGGCUCCUGAUCAAAAGAUGGAUGAUUGCUCAGUAGAUGUUAUCAAAGAAGACAAUAUUGUUUGUACAAACGCGCUCUCUGGUAAGAUGGAACCUUGCCUAGGUGCAGAAAUACCAGCAUCUGAAAAUUUGAGCGAGGUUGCUGAAGAUAGCAAGCUUCAAUGUAUGGAAUCGACCUCUCCUGUUGUAACAGAUUUUGAUGAUUUAAUUAUAGACCCCUAUGAGAGCAAAGAGGAAGAUGAACAAAAGUUAAGGGAGCAGAAUGAACAGAUUGAUCUGCAUGAUGGGCAUUCUAAUGGUCCUUCACAAACUAGCAUGGAACUAACGUCAGGAAUGGCUCCUGAUCAAAAGAUGGAAGAUUGCCCAGUGGAUAACUGCAAAGAAGAUAAUAGUCUUUGUAGAAGCGUGCUUUCUGGAAGUACGGAACCUUGCCCAGCUACAGAAAUAUCAGCAUCUGAAUAUCUGGGCGUGGUUGCUGAAGAUAGCAGGCUUCAAAGCAUGGAAUCUACCUCUCCUGUUCUAACAAAUUUUCAAAGUAAAGAAUGUGCUGAAAUACCAGCAUCAGAGAACCUUAGCGAGGUUGCUGAAGAUGGCAGGCUCCAAUGUAUUGAAUUCACCUCCCCUGCUCAUACAGUUUCCCAAGCUAAAGCCGGUGCAGAAAUACCCGCAUCCCCAAAGUUUAGUGGGGUUGGCAAAGAUAGUAAGCUUCCUUCUGUGGCAUUCACGUCUCCUGCGCACACAGUUCCAACAUUCCAACCGUACGCAGACGACAUGCCUACUCCAAAAUUCACUGCUAGUGAGAGAAAUUUUCUGCUUUCUGUACUAGGGUUGACCUCACCAGGGUCGAAGCCAGAAACUUCUCAGCAGCCUUCUUGCAAAAGGGCUCUUCUUAAUAGCCUUUGAACUGGGUUGCAUGGGAUCCAACAGCAAGCCUGUUAUGCUCCUCAGCAUAAACAAUUUGGCUUCCCUAUAUUGAUUCUUCAUCAUACUCCUGUUUGCAUAAAGUGUGCCUACCUCAUUCCCGGUCCAUUUGAGAUCUCAAUUGUUGUCUCAAGGGUCUCAUAGUUUGGUUUGUUUGCUGUGUAUAUAUUACAUUGGCAGCGUUGUAGUGGCUUACAGAAAUUAAAGGGUGCUGGUGUAAGAGUUUACAGCUUGUAUUCAAAAUAUAGAAUAAGUAGUAUUCUUUGUGUAAUUAACUCUUGUACUUAUUCUUUCCGAUAUAUAUUGGAUUGUUGUUUAGUGUGA